ACCUGUCCCAGCGGGCGGAGCCAAAACAGAUGAGUGGACUUUAACUGGAGAGAGUAUAAGCUGAAGCGCACAGAGACGUACAGAGAAAGAUCCUUGAACUGCUUAUAGAGAGCAAAUACAGACUUCCAGCAUGUUUAAGAAGAAGGACAGCAGCCAGGGCCAGACCACUGACCUGACUGUGCUGGUCAGUCGCCUGCAGGACUAUUCAGACCAGGUGGAGAAAAACAUACUGCGUGCUGAGGAGCUGCUGGAUGAGGACACAAAGAAUGGGAAUCAUAGCCUUCCUCUGACUCGGCGGAUCGAGACGGCGAACAAUCUGGCCGAGGCAGAGACAUUGCUGAAGCAGCUGUUCAUGGAUGUGGACAAAGUGAAGAAACUGCUGCACCCACAAGCUGCCGAGAUUGAACAGGAUGUUAGUCAUCUACAUGACCUCUGGUCCAACCACUGCAGGAGGUAUCGUGAUCUGUACAAGCAAGGUCUGGAGCUUGAUCUCUCUCCGCAGUUCAACUGGGCUCAGCUGCUUGCUGCCAAACAGAGGCAGAUCCAGAGGGAGGAAUACGGCCCAAACCUGUCUGAUGUGGAAAAACAGAUAGCAACCCACAACAUCCUGCAUAAAGAGAUUGAAGCAUACCGCUCUCAGCUGGACUCAGAGGAGCUGAAUCAGUACACACGCCUCAUGGAGGAUUCACUGAGACGUAAGAGCUAUCUGUCCUCUCUGUAUGACUACAUCCUGCGCUGUAAUAAAGAGGUCAGCUAUCUGACCGAGCAGCAGGACCACAUCCGCAAAACCGACUGGAGUGACCUGAUCAGAGAUGCGGCUGGAUUGCGCUCCGAAUCUGAGAGGUUGAAGAACAAUGGCAUUUUGACCCAUAAGAGUGAAGUGCUCAAGCUGCAGGAUGAAGCAGAAGAUCUGGUGAACACAAACCAUCCUGGAUCCCAGGCUAUUAAGAAACAUAAUGCUGAAGUACAGAAGGAGUGGCAGCGAUUCCUCCACCUCUGCAACUGCCAGGAGACACAUCUGAGCAAUGUGGAGAUUUACAAAAAGUUCCAGCUGGAUGCUGAGACGGUCUCCGAGUCUCUGAAGAGAAUCAACAGUACCAUGGAGCCAUCACUGCUGUCCAACAUGAGCAACUCACAGAUCCUGAUGCAGCUUGAGGGAGAGGAGAGAGCGGUUCAGAGGAAUGAGCGCAGACUGGCCGAGCUGAAAGAGCUUUGCACUAAAGUCCCCCCUCUGCCACUGCGCAGGGCCCAGUAUGGCAACUUUCCUGUGGUGGCCUUGUGUGACUGGAAAACUGACAAGGGAUCAGUGAAUCGAGGGGAUAAAUACACUAUGGUGUUCAGCCCGAAGGAAGAAUCAUGGGAGGUGAAGAACAGCCUUGGAGAGACAAAGGUUAUUCCUGGAGUAUGCUUCGUCAUUCCUCCUCCUGACACAGAGGCAGUUGAACGAGUUGAGAGCCUGGAACGGGAUUUUGCUGGGCUGAAGAGGAGGAGAGAAUCUCUGCUGGCCUCUGUAAAGACCCCAAGUAUGGAGGUAGUUAAGGUCGUUCAAAGAGUGAGUGUGUCAAGUGCUCCUGAGGACUCUCGCCCUAGUGCUCUGUCUAACCGUCUGGACCGGCUCAUCACUGAUCUCCUUCAGCUGGAGAAAGAGGUUCUUGGCAGAUUACGAGCUCCAUUGUCUCGAGCUGAUCACACUGGAGACCUUGUAGCCCGAAUCCGAGACCAUGAGAGGGCUAUCACGACUCUGAGAAAGCUGGAAGCAGAAAAGGCAUCAAUUCAGAGGGAAAUUGAGCCUCUUAUAUUCAGUAAAUCUCUGGGCCCCAACACAGUGUCCUACCCUCCUAAACUCAGCACUGCAACAAACAAGAUUGAAGACCUCAACGCCCUCACCGAGCUCUAUGGCAAAAAGGCCAAUGCUGUUAUGUCUUUGGAGAACCAAAUUAAGAAUAUAGGCAUGGCUCUGAUAGAGCUUGAGGAACAACUGGCCAGGGACACGGUCAUCCUCGACAAGCAUGGAGCCAUUCAGGACCACAUUCAUAUGCUAGAGAACAUUGACAAUGAUGUUGAAGCCAAGAAGGAAGACAUCCAGAAACUGAAUAAGGACCUUGAGCUUACUGAGCAGCUAUGUGGUCAUCUGCAGAAGAGUUUCCAUGAGUACUGCCCUGACAUUCACCGACAGGAAACAGAGGUUAGAAACCUCAGGAACCGUUAUGCUAACAUCAGCAACCAGCUACAGCAGAGACUGACACUGAUGCAGGAGGUGACUAAUAAGUACCAAAGUUUUAAGAGCACUGUCCGUUCCCUCAACACUUUCCUGAAUGACUUGCCCAGCAACAAAAUACUUUCUGAGGACACCAUGACUCAAAUCACUGCCAAGCAGAACUCGCAGAAGUGGGUCGUUGAGGAACUGAAGAGAAAAUCUGAUGAUAUUGACCGAAUUUUGUUCCUCUCUCAUGAGCUGCAGACCAUCCUUAAAGAAUAUGAGGCCAUUACCUAUAGGUACCGCAACACUAUAGUCAAUGAUGAGACUGAUAUGAAAAAAUGGCACUCUCUCACUUUUGCUGAAGCUAUCCAGAAUAAGGAAAGAAGUGUUGUGAAACGAUACCAUGAAUUGUUGGCAGAGAACAUCCAACUUCUUGACCAAAUGCGACUGGCCAAGAACAUCAUCAAUAAGAAUGAAGUAAUUGUGAGUCGGGUAACAGUGUACCAGCACAGAGAACUGGAAGAGGUGGAAAACCUAAAGAAGGAGCUGGCAGAUGAGAUCUCCCGACGUAUUCAUGCUGAAAAUGAAAUGGAUUCGUUCAGAACUAGGCUGUUGUCACUCAAAAAUCGGCGUGGAGUGGAGCGGGUAGAAGAGAAGGAGACUGUGCAUUACUACCGUAAUCCCAAACUGGAGGCUGACCUAGAAAUAAUGAAGAAAAAGAUUGAUGAAGAGGUCUUGAAACACUCUGUCACUCAUACUGAGAUUGAAAUAGUCAAUAAGAAAAUCAUUGCUGUGGAACAUGAAAUAUCCAACAUCAAGCCAAAGCUGGUGACCAAGGUGAUGACUGAGUAUGCAAGGGAUCCUCUGCUGGAAAAGGAGGCAGCAUUUAUCCGAGAAGAGAUGCGAAAGCUAAGAGAGGAAAUCAGAAUACGGGAAACUGAAAUAGUGCAGAGGACCACGGAAAUCACUGUCUUGGAGAAAAAGACACCGAUAAUCAAAGAAAGAGUGAUAAAGAAGGAGGUGAUAAAAGUGGAGAAAGACCCUGAAAUGCUCAAAGCUGUUAUUAAGUUCAAGGAGGAAAUCUCUGAUAUAGGCCUCAGAUCCAAAAGUUUAAGUGAGGAAAUCUUUCACUUAAGAAGCCAGAUCAACAAACUGGAAAUAAUGAUUCCCACUAUCCAACCUCAGAUAGUCACAAAGGAGGUAAAGAAGGUAGAACAAGACCCAGAGCUCAUAAAAGAGUCCAAGAUUCUUCGUACAAGCCUGGAAGAAAUAAGACAAGAAAUAAGUAUCUUGAAAAAAGAGCUUAGUACCCUACACGUUCGCUAUAGCCAUGUAGAGACAGUGAAACAAAGGAUUGAGGUCAGGGAGAUCAUCAAUGAAGUCUAUAGAGUUGACCCUGAAACUGAGGCAGAAAUAAGGAGGUUGAGAAAAGAGAUUCAGGAAUGGGUGACAAAGCGUACUGAAAUAGAGAAUAAGAGAACCGUGGUGAUCGUGGACCUUAAUACUUUGCGUUCUCAGAAACCCAGGGUGGAAGUAAAAGAAACUGUACGGGAAAUUAUAAAAGAAGAGAGAAGUCCAGAAAUUAUUCAUGAGAUAACAAGGCUGAAUGAACUUCUGACCCGCCUGCGGGCCACUUACCAAGCUACGUUUGACAAGCUGACCAUUCUACACAAACAGAGAGAUGAGUUGAAGGUAGAGAAGUCCAGGAUUCAGAUACAAGUUGUUACAAAUGAAGUCAUCAGAUAUGAGAAGGAUCCUCUUCUGGAGAAAGAGGCCGAACGAUUGAGAAAAGAGGUACAUGAAGAACAUCAGAUCUGCCGCAUUGCAGAAGAAAACCUCUUUGAUCUUCGCCAGAAGUACGUCAUGCUGGAGAAACAGAAAGUCGAAGAGAAAAUUAUAUACCAAGAAAUUGUACUUCUCAAGAAGGAUCCGAACCAGAUUAUUGAGCAUGAACGGUUAAAAAAGAGGCUUGAUGAAGAAAGCAAGUCUCGUAGGGAAUUAGAGGCUGAAGUGAGGAAAUGGAGAGCCAUUGUUUUGGAGAAGGAAAAGAGCGUGACUCAGACAGACAUUCGGCAAAAGAAAAUUCUUGUCGAGACAGAACUUAGGCAAAUCAGGUCUCAAAUUCUUGAAUUUGAGAAUGCACCACCCCCUGAGGAGAAGGUCAUCAUCGAGGAGGUGAUACAAGUAGAAAGAGAUGCCAAAAUGGACAAGAUAAUUAAUGAUCUUCGUAUUGCGAUUGAAGAGGAGAACACCAAGGUUGUUGCCAUGGAAAGGGACAUUCAAAACCUGAAGCUCAGAAUAGAUGUCCUUACCAAGGAGAAAUCUGUAGAGAGGACGGUCUAUAAAGAAGUAAUCAGGUUUGAGAAAGACCAAACUGUAGAGGCUGAGAGAGAUCGUCUGAGAGCCCAAUUAACACAACUCAGGAGUGCAAGACGGAAUCAAGAGGAGGAAAUCCAACGCAUCAACAUUAAGGUGACCCGUAUUCAAACCUCAGUGACAAAUUUCUCCAAAGAGGAGACCACACUUACCACAAAUAGGGAUGCACUGCUAAAAGAGAGGGAUGGGCUUCUUCGGGAGUUGAAGAGAUUGGAAACUGAAAGGCAGGACAUCACUAUAACAUUCCAGCAUGAGACCAAAGUACUAAGUGAGAGGACUCAAAUAUACAAACAAAAGUUCUUAAGGCUGGAAUCUGAGAUACAGAGUCUAGAAAAGGACAUCUUUGCUGAGAAAGAAAGAAUACAACAAAGGGAGACCAUGAUCAUCGAACUGCAGGAGACCUUGAAAAAGGAAGAUCAUUCUGAGACGCACACGAGCGAAACAACAAAAUCUACCAAAAUCACCAUUCUGGAUCCAGAAACUGGGAAAGAGAUGUCAGCCUACGAUGCAUAUAUGCAAGGUCUUAUUGACCGGAAUCAGUAUAUCCACCUGCAGACACUUGAAUGCAGUUGGGAGGAAGUCACAAGUAGUGGGCCUAAUGGUGAGACCAUUAUUCUACAGGAUCGCAAGAGUGGGAAGACAUUCUCCAUCCAAGAGGCACUGACAGAAGGAAGAUUGACCCAAUAUGAUCUUCAGCAGUAUAAGGAGGGUAAAAUUCCCAUCUCAGAGUUUGCUCUAAAAGUUGCAGGAGAAAAGGGUAUAAGUUCAGUCACCUUGCCAGUAAAACCCACAUCAACCUCAACCUCUGUGAUAAACAGCUACAGCUCUUUGACUCGUAAAAGUUCUUUAUCCUCAAGCAGUAGCAACUUAAACACCAUCACCAAUGUAGAUGAGACCUUCCCAAUCUCUGGUAUUUUAGACACCACAACGAAAAGUCGCAUGUCUGUGAGAAGUGCCAUGACCCGUAAAUUGAUUGACCCAGACACAGCUCAGAAGCUUCUGGAAGCACAAGCAGCCACAGGAGGGAUUGUGGACAUCAACAAAAAGGAACGCUACUCAGUCCACAAGGCAGCAGAACGUGGCCUCAUUGAAUCAGGUCAAAUUCAGAAGCUCAUCACUGCCCAAAAGGCAUUUACAGGUGUUGAGGACCCUGUAACCAAAGAGCGCCUGUCAGCAGGGGAGGCAGCUCAAAAAGGCUGGAUCCCAAAUGAGAAUGCCAGGCGGUACAUGGAAGCACAACUUCUCACAGGCGGCCUGGUAAACCCCAACAAAGCUGGUCGAAUUAGCUUACAGAAUGCCAUUAAUGCAAAUCUGAUUGACCAAAAAACAGCUAGAGAGAUAGAAGAUGAUGACAAAAUGCUGAAGGAUUUGAUCAACCCUAUUACGAAGUCAAAAAUGACAUACAAGGAAGCCAUGGCACUGUGCAAGAAGGAUCCCUCUACUGGGCUCCUCCUGCUCCCAGCAGCAUCUACUGAUUCAACAGAUUCCAGCUCAUUCUCCAGCUACAAGGUCUCUUCUACUAUAAUUUAUUAGGGAAAUGUAAUGCUUACCUUCAGGAAAAAAUGUUAUGCAGUUUGUGGUAUAGGCUAUUAGACUAUAUGCUCAGAAAAUAAAGGAUCUUUGGGUUACUUAAGUCCCUUAUGAUUUUUUAGUGAGUGUAAUGAUGAUAUGAUACACAUUUGGAAAAAAAUAAAAUAAAUAUAUAUAUAUAUGUGUGUGUGUAUGUCAAAGAAUGGUGUUUUCCUACAUUUAUCUAAUAUUUGGUGUUGUUCUUUUCCAAUAUUUCUUGUGCAUGUAUCUUGUUUGACUUCAUAAUAUGGCAGCUUCCAAUAAACAUUAAGUAUUUAGGCUGUGUCUCAUAUAA